UGACAUCCGCCCGGACUUGGUCAUUGUCUUCUAGCUUCCCUUUGCCCGGCAUUUGCAAGUCCUAUGGUAGACUGUGAGUUGGAGUUGGAAGAAGAGAGCAAGAAAGAGAGAGAGAGUGAGAGAUAUUUCCCACCAUGACUGGAAUCUAUGGUCAGUUUUGAUGACGUGUCAUAUGGUGUCUGUUGCCACCCAUGAGCCAACAAUAUGCAACAUCACCAAUUGAUUGCACUGAGGAAUCACAAAAUGCGCCUACAUUUAGUGAGAGCCUACUGCUCUCCGGCUUCCAAGAGGCCUGAAGCCAACACAGCUGUGGAAGUGGCUACAAAUGUUCUUUAUCGCUUAUCAGAAGCUGGGAAAGUUUUGGGAAGAAACGCCGUUCAGAGAAUCUCUGCAACCUCCCAGAGCUGGUGGGACAAAUACGAGGAAUUUGUUGGACUUAAUGAAGUCCGAGAGGCCCAGGGAAACGUGACGGAGGCUGAAAAAAGGUUCAUGGUAGCUCGCGGGAUUGUACGAGAAUCCCGGGAAACCUGGGAGGCCCAGCAGCUCAAACUGAAGGAAGUCCGGGACCGUUUAGACAGAGUCUCGCGUGACGACAUUCAGUAUCUGGAACUGGCAACCCUGGAGCACAAAUUACUGCAGGAAGAGAAGAGGUACCGGAGCACCUAUCAAACGGCGGAGGAGUCUGAGCGGGAAGCCUUCUCCCUCUUCUCUGCUGCCGUGAGGGAAAGCCACGAGAAAGAGCGGACCAGAGCGGAGAAAACCAAGAACUGGUCUAUCAUUGGCUCAGUGCUGGGGGCCAUUAUUGGGGUCAUGGGUUCUACCUACGUCAACCGAGUUAGGCUGCAGGAGCUGAAAGCCUUAGUUUUUGAGGCACAAAAGGGACCUAUAAAUCUUCAGGAAGCGAUCAGGGAGCAGGCCUCCAGCUAUAACUCCCAGCAGAGGGAUCUGAGCGACCUCGUUGCCAGCCUGAAGGACAUCCUACAAGCGGUGGCCGUGACCUCGCAGGAAGCGGCGGGGGAUUCCUCGGCCAAAGCCAUGCCUCUAAAAACAGACCCUCUCUUAGUUUCCGUCAAGGAGCAGCUGAGCUACUCCAAACAGAUCAGCUCUUUCCUCGAGAGUUUGCAGCGGCAGCUUAGCAGCCUGGAAAAAAGUUUAGGGCAAAUGGCCGCCGAGGUACAGAACGUGAAAAGGGUCCCUCAGCCUGCCUCUGGGAGGGAAGCACUGCUUGGUCCUUCGACGGAGGGGAGCAGCCAGACCUUUGAGGCGGAAGACGUGGUUCUGGAACUGUGCAACACGGAAAGGAGACUGGAGGCACAAAUGAAGAGGAACUCGAUCUACAGCACAGCCUUCACAUGUACUGUCUUUGCUAUCACGUUCCCCAUGCUCUACGUCCUGCUCAAGGGGAAUUAGCCUGCAGCCCAGCGAAGAAUAAUUUGUGGGAGUAAUAAAGAGUCAUCCCCCUUCA